AAGAAAGGAAGAUUGUAGAGGAACUAGAAAAUAGUUUCUUAGUUAUAUUUAGUUUAUCGGUUCUGUAUAUAGAUCCAUCAUUCCUUUUUUGUGAUUCAAAUUCAGUUUUAUUAACUUAGUAUUAUCUUACUAUUCUACAUGUCUUGUCUUUAACAGGUGCAAGGUAUGCAUUCUGAGGUAGCAGCUUUGAGAAAUCCUAGUUUAUGGUGUGAGGCAUCGCGUAUUAUCAAUGAAGAAGGGUUUAGAGCGUUUUGGAAAGGCAAUAUGGUGACCAUUGCUCAUCGUCUUCCUUAUUCUGCGGUCAAUUUCUAUGCUUAUGAACGCUACAAGAAUGUAAUCACUGGUGUUCUUUCUAUACUGUAAGUGCUUCAGAAGUUAUGGCAGCUGUUAUUAUGUGACUUGAAUUAAUAUUGUUAUCUGGUUGUUUGUAGCUAUGGCAUGCAAUGAUGGUGGAGAGGUUAGGGGAAAUUCAAGUGCACACACCCUUGUGCACUUUUUGGGUGGUUUGGCAGGUAUAACAGAUGAAUUUGCCACAUUUCCUUUGGAUCUUGUGAGGACACGACUUGCUGCACAGAGAAGUACCAUGUACUACCGAGGCAUCUCACAUGCUUUCAGUACCAUCUGUAGAGACGAAGGUUUCUUGGGUUUGUACAAGGGGCUUGGAGCAACAUUGUUGGGUGUUGGGCCAAGUAUAGCUAUUAGUUUUUCUGUUUAUGAGUGGUUACGAUCUGUAUGGCAAUCACAAAGGCCUGAUGAUUCUACUGCUGUGGUUGGUCUUGCCUGUGGCAGUCUGUCUGGUAUUGCAUCAUCAACAGGUGGGUUCGCACUAAUCUGAGUAAUUGAGCAUAACUUUCUUAAGUUUUCAUGAAUGAUAUUGCAGAACAUGAAAUUCAUUAAUUUGAAAAUUUUCCUGUUAUUUUUAGUUCUUAUUAACCUGUUACAUUCUUGUAAACAAUACCUUUCUCAUCAGGCUUAAACUAGUCCAAUAUAUUAUUAUAAUUGGAAAGCUAUCACUCUUGAAAUACUUGAAAGUGAAGUCUCAUUUCUUCUCUGUGAUCAAGUAGAUGAUUGGGGUGCGGUGUAAUCAUUUUGCAAACUUUGCUUGGAAUAACCGUUCAAUUACCUGUCUCUAGUACCUAACAGGCUAUAUUAGUUUGUCUUAUAUGCCUGCUUUAUUUCUUACUACGGUAUAGCAUGUCAUGGGUAUACACUACUUUCCCCUUUGUAGUGUAAGCUGAUCUGUCUCCCAUGAACAUCGGUUUGCUAAAGAACUGUUUUCAUUGAAAGAAUGUGCUCAAGUAAUGCCUUUCCAUGACAGGAGUUUACCAGUUAGAAAGUUGUCAGUUUAAAAAUUCCAAUGGUUUUGACAUAUCUAAGUUUUUUGUGUUGCUUUGUCUCAUGCAACUGGCAGCAACAUUUCUUUGGAUGAUUGUGUUAGGCGUCGGACUUUAUAGGGAUGUUAGAGAUGCAAUUAGAGGGUGCUGGUGGUCGAGCUCGUGUCUAUAACACUGGCGUGUUUGGUGCAUUUGGGCGCAUAAUUCAAACCGAAGGGGUUCGAGGUUUGUACAGAGGAAUUCUGCCUGAGUACUAUAAGGUUGUUCCGAGUGUGGGCAUUGUCUUUAUGACGUAUGAAACACUGAAAAUGCUUUUAUCAGGAAUUUCUAAUUAUUAGCAUACUAAAUUUCCAAAUUUGCACCAUAUAACAUCUUGGGUUAGGUAAUUGAAAAGACACUUAUCAGAGGGCGGGAUCUCUGAGAGAUUGAUAUCAUAAUGAAUCUUUCUAGGCAGUUUGGUUGAGGUGAUUUUUUCCUGUUAAUAAUGCAGCAUUUUUGUUUGUAUA